AUUUUAUUCCACGGACGGCAUGGAAGUUUACCCAUGAUCCACUCGCUCAAGUACAUCAAGACUAGGUCGUUUGGAAUUCCAAACUUUCCAGAGUAUUUGAGUACGGGCUACGUUGACGGCGUUCAGAUUUCACACUACGACAGCGAGAGCAGGAAAUGUGUAGCCAAACAGGAGUGGAUGAAGAACAUCACAGCCAAAGAGCCACGCUACUGGGAGAGGCAGACACGUAUCAAUAUUGAUAAUCAGGCGAGAGACGAAGUCAGCAUUCUUAAUCUUCAAGAGCGCUUCAACCAAACGGGAGGUCUUAACAUGAUCCAGCGUAUGGUUGGCUGCCAAUGGGACAAUGAGACCGACCAGGUCGAUGGUUGGUAUCACAUCAGUUACAACGGGGAAGACUUUCUGUCAUUUGAUUUGAACGGAUCGAGAUGGAACGCCAUCCAAUCGCAAGCUAUUAUCACCAAAAACAAGUGGGACGAAGUGGAAGGCUAUAAUGAAGACUUAAAGUAUUACAUGACUGAGCAUUGUCCUUCAUACUUGAAGAAAUACGUGAGCUUUGGGAGUGACGUCCUGAUGAGAACAGAGCUGCCGCGGGUGUCCCUGCUGCAGAAGACGGCGGGGUCGCCGGUGACCUGCCACGCCACCGGUUUCUACCCCAGGGCGGCCGUCCUCUUCUGGAAGAAGGACGGCGAGCGGCUCUACGAGGACGCGGCGAUGGACGAGACCCUCCCCAACCACGACGGGACCUUCCAGACCAGCGCUCGCCUCCUCACGCCGGACGAGCGCGCUCGCUACGAGUGCGUCUUCCAUUUGGACGGCGUCCGGGAGGACGUCAUCACCCCGCUGGACUUUACCAAGGUGCUGAGCAACGAGAGGAACACGGCGAUGGCCAUCGCCAUCCCCUCGGUCCUCAUCGCUCUGGCCGCCGCUGUCGCUAUCGCCGUUGCCAUCUUUUUCGUCAAGCGCAAACGAGCUAUCUACGCCUGCUUUAAGGCUGCUUCCUCCAGGACUUCUCCGAAGACCGACACCUCUGAAGCCACUUCCUCUGAGAUAGCUUUUGCCCAAGCCAUUUCUGCUGAGACUGACGCUCCCGGGGUGGCAUCGCCUGAGACCGACGCCCCCUAA